GACAUAAAGUCGGCCGGGUCGCUCAGCGACGCGGCUUUGGAGGUCUUGACCGUGGACGAGGUAAUGAGCUUGGCACUGACGGAGAUCACUGGGAAGCUGCUUCGAAUCUAUGCCUUCAGUGCGUUCGAUGCCGGCGUCACGCCCAACCCAGCACAAUGCAGAGGCUACGUGUCCGGUUCUUCCUCGAAUCCACCGUUGGACUUCUACCAGUUUCCGCGUCUUUUGGGCGAUGUGUCGGUUUUGAAGAAGGAGGUCGUGGGAAAUCCCAUGUACGACACCUCUGCAGUGCUCAUGGCUCUGUGCGCUCUCUCAGCGACGAAACCGCAAGUGGAUAUCAUGUUGGCAAAAAUCGCAGAAGGCUCGAUCCUGUCCUCAUCGGAGCGAGACGAAGUGCUCGUUCGAGCUUUCCGUGGAGAG